CUUUGUCAUGUUCAUCACGUGUUAAUGACCACAUAACCGGCACCAGGUUCAGGGGUGGGGGGAGCGCCAUAACCAAAGCCCUGCCUCCAUCCAAAGUGCACCAGCGUGUGGCGGACGAAUGAGCUUCAGAAGUGCUUCAGAUGGUGGGAAUCGCUGUCGGCAGGAAGUGCAGGGCACAGAGGCAGAGACAGCAGGGCAUAUGAACCGGGACGCUGGAUGCCUCGCCGACAGCAUCAUGCUGACCAAAUUGACUCCGGAGGUCUCGGAGGAGGGACCACAAACCGCGCACAGCCCUGGACCCACCCUGACCUUCCAGAAGUUGCACUACUGCGUGAGGGAGAGCAGGGGCCCCUUCCAGAAAGGGCCUGAAAAGGAGAUCCUGAAGGAUGUCAGUGGGAUCAUGAAGCCAGGGAUGAACGCUAUUAUGGGUCCGACGGGGAGCGGGAAAACCUCGCUGCUGGACGUCAUCGCUGGCAGGAAGGACCCCCACGGGCUUCGUUCUGGUCAGGUGCUGGUGGACAGCAAGGUCGUGACCUCUGACCUGAGACUCAGCUCAGCGUACGUCGUGCAGGAUGACAUCCUGAUGGGCACUCUGACAGUGAGGGAGAACCUGGCCUUCUCCGGAAACCUGCGGCUGCCCCCGGGUCUGUACUCUUCACUGGACAAGGAGGUGAAGGUCAGCCGCAUCAUCGAGGAGCUGGGCCUGCAGGACUGUGCGGAGACCAAGAUCGGGACGGAGUUUCUGCGCGGCGUGUCGGGGGGCGAGAGGAAGCGCUGCAGCAUCGGUAUGGAGCUGAUCACAUCCCCCUCGCUCCUCUUCCUCGAUGAACCCACCACCGGCCUGGAUGCCAACACUGCCAAUUCCAUCAUCGCCCUGUUGCAAAGACUGUCCAGGAAAGGAAAAACAAUCAUCUUCUCCAUCCACCAGCCCCGGUUCUCUAUCUUCCGCCUCUUUGACCACCUUACCCUCAUGAACAAAGGCGAGAUCAUCUAUGCUGGUCUGGCGGAGCAGGCCGUGUCCUACUUCGAGGACCUCGGAUACAAAUGCGAGCUGUUUAACAACCCUGCUGAUUUCUUCCUGGACAUAACCAACGGGGACAUCACUCCAACCCAGGACUCUCCUGAUGCUGUCCUGGGGGCGGAGGACGCAUUGGCCCAGAAGUACAGAGAGUCGCGGUUCUUCAGAGAGCUGAUGGAGCAGCUGGAGACGAUGGUGCUUGCGGUGGACCCUGGCAUGCGGGCCGUCAGAGACAAGCCAAACUACGCCACCUCCUUCCUGUUUCAGCUGUGGGUGGUUUGUGGCCGUACAGUGAAGAACAUCUUGAGGAACCCUCAAACGUCCUACGCCCAGCUCAUCCUCAACGUCAUCUUUGCCAUCCUGGUUGGUCUCAUCUACUAUCAGAUCCCUCACAGCCUCCCGGAGGCCCUGCAGAACAGGAUCGGCGCGUUUUUCUUCCUCAUCAUCAACAUGGUGUUUGGGAACCUCUCGGCGGUGGAGCUCUUCAUCAACGAGCGCGCCCUCUUCAUCCAUGAAAACUCCAGUGGAUAUUACCGCACGUCUGUCUACUUCCUGUCCAAAGUGUUUGCUGACCUCGUGCCCAAUCGCAUCAUUCCUGUGUUCCUGUUCUCCAGCAUCGCCUAUUACAUGAUGGGCCUGAAGCCCGACGUGGAGGCCUUCCUGCUGUUCGCCCUCACGAUGAGCCUGGCCAGCCUGGCCUCCGUGGGUCUUGCCUUCCUGGUCAGCGCCAGUGUGUCGUCCUUCGCCAUGGCAAACAUCCUCAUCGCCCUGCCCUUCGUCUUCAUGAUGGUCUUUGGGGGUUUUCUAGUCAAUCUCAACUCCAUGCUGAGCUGGAUGUCCUGGAUGCAGUGGACUAGCAUCUUCCGCUAUGGUCUGCAGGCAGUGACCAUCAACGAGCUGAAGGGGCAAGUGUUCAGCAGUAACUUCACCAUUAUUACAGGUGAAAUGUACAUGAAGCAGCAGGGAAUUGACUACAGCAUGUGGGGAUUUUGGCAGAACGAGGUGGCCCUGCUGGGCAUAAUGUCAGUGUGUAUGACCCUGGCUUAUGUCCAGCUGCUCCGAAUCAACCGCUGGAAGUGAGGGCAUGUGAGGAAGCCAUGCAGGCCACCUGUCUUCACAGUGCCCCCCGCCUUCACAGUGCCACCUGUCUUCACAGUGCCACCCGUCUUCACAGUGACACCGGCCUUCACAGUGCCACCUGUCUUCACAGUGUCACCUGUCUUCACAGUGCCCCCCGCCUUCACAGUUCCACCUGUCUUCACAGUGACACCGGCCUUCACAGUGCCACCUGUCUUCACAGUGUCACCUGUCUUCACAGUUCCACCUGUCUUCACAGUGACACCGGCCUUCACAGUUCCACCUGUCUUCACAGUGACACCGGCCUUCACAGUGCCCACCUCACUUUCACAUUGUCAUCCCCACCCUCACAACACCCAGUCAUUUAUAGUGAUGAUGUCUUGUGCUCUCUGUAGUGUCUGAGUUUCUUAGCCAUACUUAAACUGGAAAUUGCCAAGACUAAGAAUUGCUUUCUGACAAUGUGUUUUAUCCAAAGCAAAUUUCACAGCUGGAAAAGUAAAAAUGAAAUUCAAGCUAUAGGCACCGAGGUAAAGGGUGUGUGAUGCACAUGCCUGGAUUAGGGAGGGGGGAGGGACCCUCCCCAGUCUAAUCCUUCAUUAAGGAGACUCAGGCUGCUCCACAGCCCAGCCUGCCUGCCUCAGCCAAGCUUAUGCGGUCAUGCUCUAUAUACACUGUUC